UGAGUUUGGCCCACGGGUGAGUGGGUGGGAGUGAGGGACGGACAGAGGGAGGAGGGACGUGCAGAAGUUGUCUCCAUGUCUGCAGAGCGCACCACAAGUCCAACCUCUCCACGCUCCGAAGCGCGAAGGGGAAAUGCUGUAAUUCUCACAGUUUAACUGACAACACUUCUCUUCCCUCGUCAGCUUCAUCUUUCGCGCACCGGAGGCUUCGCCAAGCGUGGAUGUAUCGAUGAAUUUCACCGGGACAUUGACACGCGUCCUCCUGCUGCUUCUCCUCGCGGCGCAAGGCUGCCUUUCAUCUAAAGCAGAGGACAGAUUAUUUCGCAGGUUGUUCCGCAGGUACAACCAGUUCAUCCGACCAGUGGAGAAUGUAUCUGAUCCAGUUACAGUGGAGUUUGAGGUCUCCAUAUCUCAGCUGGUAAAAGUGGAUGAGGUGAAUCAGAUUAUGGAAACCAAUCUGUGGCUGAGACAUGUGUGGAACGACUACAAGCUGAAAUGGGCUCCUGUUGAAUAUGAUGGAAUUGAGUUCAUACGAGUUCCCUCCAAUAAAAUUUGGAGACCAGACAUUGUUUUGUACAACAAUGCUGUGGGUGAUUUCCUUGUGGAAGACAAAACCAAGGCUCUGCUGAAGUUUGAUGGCACCAUCACCUGGGUUCCUCCAGCUAUCUUCAAAUCCUCCUGCCCCAUGGACAUCACCUACUUCCCCUUUGACUACCAGAACUGCUCCAUGAAGUUUGGCUCCUGGACUUACGACAAAGCCAAGAUCGACCUGGUGCUCAUUGGCUCAAAGGUCAACCUGAAAGACUUCUGGGAAAGUGGGGAGUGGGAGAUCAUAGAUGCGCCAGGAUACAAGCAUGAUAUCAAGUAUAACUGCUGCGAGGAGAUCUACCCAGACAUCACCUACUCCUUCUACAUCCGCCGCUUGCCGCUCUUCUACACCAUCAACCUGAUCAUUCCCUGCCUGCUCAUCUCCUUCCUCACAGUGCUGGUCUUUUACCUUCCAUCUGACUGUGGCGAGAAGGUGACCCUGUGUAUCUCUGUCCUCCUCUCGCUCACUGUAUUCCUACUGGUCAUCACUGAGACCAUCCCCUCAACAUCACUCGUCAUCCCUCUGAUCGGCGAGUACCUCCUCUUCACCAUGAUUUUUGUCACGCUCAGCAUUGUGAUCACUGUCUUUGUGCUGAACGUCCACUACCGCACCCCCAUGACUCACACAAUGCCAGAGUGGGUGAGAUCAGUGUUCCUUGGGGUGCUGCCCAGGGUGAUGCUGAUGAGGCGGCCAAUCGACCAAGGCUGCUCCUCUCCUGCUAUCACUGCAGGAACAGGAGGAGGAGAAGGACGAGAAGGGAGCAGUGGAGGAAAGAAGAUAAGGAAAAACAGCAUACUAGGUGGAAGUAGCUCAGGAAGUGUUAGUAUUGGAGGUUUAACUGGGGGUGUGAGCUGUCCAUCGCUGGAUGGUGGUGCAGGGGGAGGAGAGUCCAACUCAGCCGGUGGUUCCAUGAACUGUGUGGAGUACGGCAAGAUGAACCACAACAUGAAACGAAAUAUAAACAGGAGGUGCCCUUAUAGAGGCAAGGAGGUGCCGACUCCUGUCCCUCCUUCAAUGGUCCCCCCUCCUCCCCCUCCUCCUCCUCCUCCUCCUCCUCUCCCUCCUCAGGGAUCUCAAACCCAGGGGCCCCAGGAAUCAGAGCCCCCCAAACUACCCAGGACCAAGGAUGUCUCGUCACCUGUCAAUGCAGUUGUGGCCUUCUCCGUGGUGUCGCCAGAGAUUAAGCAGGCCAUCGAGAGUGUGAAGUACAUCGCAGAGAACAUGAGAACACGCAACAAAGCCAAAGAGGUGGAGGACGACUGGAAGUAUGUUGCCAUGGUCAUUGAUAGGAUCUUCCUGUGGGUUUUUGUGACAGUGUGUGUGCUGGGAACUGUCGGACUCUUCCUCCAGCCACUCAUCAGCUUCCUUAAAUGAAAUACUUUGUCUUUGUCCUGUCUCUUUUCUCUCUCCUUCUUGUCGACUUGUGUCUGUCUCUGUAACACACUUCCACUAGUGUGGGAUUUAUCUAUCCUGCAGCUUUUUCACAUCAAACCCUGGGCUGUCUUCUUUCUCCAUUUCAAUUUUUUGUCUCCCCUCCAUCUGUCCUCUUCUCCGGGACUACAUUGUCCACCAUACUAUUUAGCCCUCAGAUGUCUGUUUUGACUUACCUGCAUUUCCCCUAUCCGUCCCCUUUCUUGUCCCUUCAAUGUGCAUGCAAUGCUGUCAUACACUCGUUGGCUUUUAUUUCAAUCUUUAGUAGAAGUGAUUUUCCCAUCUGCUCUCCUCUCUUUCUUCUUCCAUUUUUCACCUCUCAGCAGCUUUUCAGUUUACAGUCAUCUCCAAAAAUCACAUCCUUAAUUUG